CCCGGCAGGCGCGAUCCCAGGGGCGGGAGCCGAGGUAAAGCGGCGAUGUCCGGGAGCCGCGAUUUCCGCGGUGACUGCGGCCAGGCCGGGACCCUGGCACAGUCGAAUAGCCGACGGGGUAACGGGAGAACGCUCAGUACCGCGGCUGUGGAGAUAACAGCGGUGCCGCGGCCAUUGAAUCUCGUGGCCCUGGUCAUUUGCUCGUCCAGUUCAGUGAGCACAGUUAUCACCUGCUGUCAGCACACGCCUCGUCAGGUUUUCUAAAAUUGGACUAAACCUUUUUUUUUUUAAGCGUAUUGUGAUACGCUGGUGUCUUUUUGUUCCAGAAGAAAACCAGUGUGUAUGGAUCUGUGAACCUUUGUGCAUGUCCGCUGCCCUGAGGGUUUUCAGGAGGAGGAUGAGGAGGCGUGUGGCUUCUCUGGAGGGGCAGACCAAAGGCUAAGUCUUGAAAACAUGAUUCCUGCAACUGUUCACACUGUCCUGAGUGCUCUAUAUUUAUGCUGCCACAGAAAGAACUGGUUACACUCGGAGGAGAGCAAACAGGAAACGCCAAGGACUGAAAUGCGCUUGCAGCUAAAGUAUCCUCAUCAUGAAUAGGUACAAAACUAUCAGACAGCUUGGUGAUGGGACUUACGGCUCUGUUCUUUUGGGGAGAAGCGUUGAAUCUGGAGAGCUAAUAGCAAUUAAAAAAAUGAAGAGAAAGUUUUAUUCCUGGGAGGAGUGCAUGAACCUUCGAGAGGUUAAGUCUUUGAAGAAAUUAAACCAUGCCAAUGUGGUAAAGCUGAAAGAAGUUAUCAGGGAAAAUGAUCAUCUGUAUUUUGUGUUUGAAUACAUGAAGGAAAAUCUUUAUCAGUUAAUGAAAGAGAGAAACAAACUGUUCCCUGAGUCUACAGUUAGGAAUAUUAUGUAUCAGAUCCUGCAAGGGCUUGCAUUUAUUCAUAAGCAUGGGUUCUUUCACAGGGACUUGAAACCCGAAAACCUGCUUUGCAUGGGACCAGAACUUGUGAAAAUUGCAGAUUUUGGCUUGGCCCGAGAGAUCCGAUCUCGACCUCCUUACACUGAUUAUGUAUCCACAAGAUGGUACAGGGCUCCUGAAGUACUUCUGAGAUCCACCUGCUAUAGUUCUCCAAUAGAUAUUUGGGCUGUCGGUUGCAUAAUGGCAGAAGUUUACACGCUGAGGCCUCUCUUCCCAGGCGCCAGUGAAAUUGAUACUAUAUUCAAAAUUUGCCAAGUCUUAGGGACGCCAAAAAAGAACGACUGGCCUGAAGGCUACCAACUUUCAGCUUCCAUGAAUUUUCGCUGGCCUCAGUGUGUACCUAACAACCUGAAAACUCUCAUACCUAAUGCUAGCAGUGAGGCGGUGCAGCUCAUGAGAGACAUGCUGCAGUGGGACCCCAAAAAGCGGCCAACAGCUAGUCAGGCACUUCGAUAUUCAUACUUCCAGGUUGGGCAUGCCCUGGGCAUUCAGGAGCUGGGAAAACAAAAGGAACUGCAUAAUAAAUCAUCUCUGCAUAUUAAGCCUGUCCCUCCAGCACAGCCCCCUCCGAAACCUCAUGCCCGAAUUUCAUCAAGGCCUUUUCAACAAAGCCAGUCUUCUCAGCAUGUGGUGUACGCAUGUAAGACAGACAACUCUGGGACUGAGCACAGUAACUACUUACAGGAGGACAAGUCUAACCAGGUUCUUCUACCUGCACUUCACAAUAAGGUUCCUCAGCAGAAAACAUCUGCUGGGUGUGAGAAUAUAAACAGUGAACUUAAACCAAAACCUAGGCGAAGAUGGGGACAUCUUCCCAGGACAGUUAAGAGUUCUGAAGACUGGGAUGACUUGGAAGACCUUGAUUUCAGCUCUUCCAUCAUGAGAGUGGACUUGAAAAACCAGAAGAAGCAGAAUGAUGAACCUCUUUGUAGAUUUGAAAGCAUUUUGGACCUGAAGCCUUUGGAUGCUGUAGGCUCUGGCAGCAGUGCACGAACUUCCCAUGCGACCUUUUUGCGGCAGGACACUCCCACAUUGCGAGUUUCUGCAGCAAAGCAACACUACUUAAACCAUUCUAGGUAUCGACCUGGAAUAAGCACCAGGAAUAACAUAGUCUCCGCUUCAAACAAAGAGUCUGUUCCAUCUAAUCAGUGGCCCAGUUCUGGUUUGUCUGGGAAAACUUUCGGUUUGGGAGGAAGCACUACCAACAGGAUGAAUUCAGGGCCCAUAGGAUCAAGCAGUCUAACGAGUGCUUAUGCCCCUUCAUUUCUGAAGAAGGAAGUAGGUUCUGCUGGGCAGAGGGUUCAGCUAGCACCAGUUGUGGAUCCAUCUUCUGACUUCUUUAUCCUUCAGAUUUUGCAUCUCUGCCAUCAGUCAGACCCCUUCUUGGAUGGCCAUCGUUCAGCUCACCUACCAAAAGCUCGCCCAGGUUAAUGCCUCUGCCGCCGGCAGCGGAGCCGAUCCAUGGGCGCGUUGACUGGUCUGAGAAGUACAGCGCUCACCGGUGACCUGGGACACACCCUGACCACUGCGUGCUUCCCAGGAAAUGGUGGCCAACCUGAGACCAUUUCACACUGGUUUAUAUACCUGUACAUUUAAAAGGAGCAGAUCUUCCAUGAAUGAGACGUUUUUUUUUUUUACUUACUUGCAUUAAUCUGAAUGCAAUCUUGUACUUUUUGUAUAAAAAUGUUUUGUUAUAUACUUGGGUCCAGUUAUUUUCAUAAAAGUGAUACAUUUUGUAUAUAAAGCUUAGGGAAUUUGGCGUUUUUAUACAGCAAAUUUUUAUAAUGAACUUUUAAAAACUUUAUCUUUUUUAUUCAACUUUUUUAUAGAAGUGGAUAAGAAAACGUGGUGCAAUAUUGCAGUGAAGGAGAAGUACUGAGGAAGGGGCAUUCAUUAGACAUUUUCUGAAGUUUAUUUGCUAAUUCAGGCCAUGUAAUUUCAGGUAAUGCCAUGUCUCCGUGCCCCACUUCUAUUUGUCCUAUGCUCAUUUCUUCAUACUCAUAUCAGAGGAGUGAGUGACUUUACAGUCUAAACUCUCCUUCACAGUCACUGAGAGACUGCUGAAAGAUAGUGGGAGGCACCUUUUUUUUAAAUUUAUUUUUGCCUUUAAAAGGUUUUAUGUUGGACUGCUAUUCAAAUUUGCCAAAUCUGAGAGCACUUGUUUGGUGUAGGGUAAAUACUGUUCUGUAAAUCUGUUUACUGACACAGCGUUCCUUUUUCCUGCUUAAAAGUUGUUUGGCAUUGUUCACUAUGAAAUAGAAAGUGGACCUACCUCUGUUAAAUUCAUGUAAAUGGUCUAAAGAUUUCUAAGAAGAAAAACUGUUUCUUCUUUUUCUUUUGUUGUAAGAUCUGAAGACAUAUUAAAGACCAUAUUAACAAUUAAUAAAACUAAUAAAACUGGUUUCAGAGUAACAAAAUAUGAAUGAUAUGCCAGCAACAUAGUUUAAGGAAACAAGAUCUGUGCAGCUGACUUACUUUUCAUGACUUUUAGAUUGCUGCUGUUUUAAAUCACUUGAGGGGAAAAAAAAAACCCAAAAAACCAAAACAAUCCAGAGGAAAUGAGCCAGUCUAACAUUAUUUAUGUUUAUACUCAGUUCUUCUUCACUCAGUACAUCUUCAUUUACAAUUUGAAGAAUAUGUCAGCUUCCAUAAAUUAGGCCCAGAGGCUCUUCAGGAAAAAAUAGGAUCUUACAUGGUCCUGUUAUGAAAAUGUUGUAAAACUGUGGUUGAUUUCACUGAAAUUGAUACAGUUCUUAGAAGAGCAGUUUAACUCAGUUUAUGAGAGUAGGAUUUAUAUCAAGUUAUAGAGAAAAGAAAGUAGCCUCAUAAUCUGAUUUAGUUCUGCUCUGGAAAGGAGUGCCAGAGUCCAACCAUCAGCAGAAAAUUCUUUUAGAUCACAGUCAGCAUUUGUCUGUUCCUGCACCUCCUUAUACAGAAGAAAGAUAAAAUUGUUCAGUGUUGCGGGGGAACACCUUCCAUAGGUAUGUUCUGGAGCAGUGCUGCCAAAGCUGAAGUGUGCUGAGAAAAUGCAUCUCCCUGCAGAAGUGUGCAGAAAUGCUCAUCUUUCUGAGCUCAUUGUGUGAUCAGCUCAGGAAAAUUUAUUUAUGAGACUUAAACCCAGCCUAAAGGGAUCAGAGCAGGUACAGUUCUGUUUCCAGCCAUUUCACAGGAAGUGAAUGGCUUGUGUGUCAGCGAGCUCCUCUCCAUGGGCUCUGCCAGCACACAUGGGGCAGCUGCUGUGGUCUUGAGACUGACAACAGAUUCUGACCUUUUUGGUGCUUCCCAUGGCAAAUGUGGGAUUUUGAGGAAACUGUACCCUAGGGUAGGCUGCUGGCUCAGUGCUACAGGGGGAACCACAGGGAGCACUGGUCACUGCUAGCUUUUUUGGGCUCAGCCCAUAGUAAGACAGUUCAAGACAAACAAAGCAAAAGUGUGCAUGUAAGACUUACACUUGCCAAAGACAUCUGUGUCCUGCUGCUCUGUUAUCUGGGCAUAGCAAGUACUAACUCCAUACCUAACUGCUUCCACAGUAGUGAUGCCAAUACUUACCACUAAAGCAGCCAUUUGAUUUCUAAAGCACACACUGAUGGGUGUCUGUGGGUAAGUGAAAAAGAAAAUAUGUAUAUUUGUCUUAGAAUUGGAAAGAUAGUUGUUUCUCUCGGUGGAAAUAAAUAGCUGUAUUUAUGUCUACAUAUCAUUUAAUUUAUUUUAUCACCAGGUAAUUUGUCUCAAGAAUGAACACCCUGAACCUGUCCCAGUAUCCCUAGACCUAAGUAGGCUCUUUAGGUAGUCUGGUCUGUACACUCAGACUUCCUACAAUUGGAAGGAGACAAGUCAUGAGAACAGGCAGCUGAGGCUUGGAUUCAUCAUUACCUAUGUGUGAGCUCCUUUGUUGUGAGGUGACUCGCCCCUGGUGAGUGAGAAUCAUGUCAAAAGAGAUCUGUCUCAUUUGAGAACAUACUAACAUUCUGGAGAGAUAGCUGAGGCUCUCCACUAAGGACAGGGACAACUGUGAGGUUCAAAUAACACAGGAUGAAUUUGAGCCUGGCUUAUAAUCUCUGAACCUUUAUCAGACUGUCAGUGAUUCUUUUGACUAUAGUGUUCAGGCUUUAGUCAGUCCAGUGAAAAGAUUAGAAAAAUAAGUUGUACUACUAAUUUUGUUUUUUCUUUUCAGUAUCUCCUCCUUUCCUAAGUUAAAGCCUUUUA